AUUUCGUACCAGGUUGGUAUCGACCCGAAAGUCUCGAACAGGCGAUGAGUAACGAUGAUGACCUGAAAAUGGAGGCCAGGUGAAAAAUCUCAGCUGGAGAAACUUGGAGCCCUGUAAAGAUGGAGAACACUUUAACCCUAAUAGGGGUUUUUACUCUUCUAUGUUGUACAGCAGUUAUAGCAAUUCCAAAUCGUCCGCCAGGUAUAUACAUAGAACCUGAUAAAGAUAUCUACUUCAAACCUGGGGAAACAGUAAUGAUGCCAUGUGUUGGUGAUGGCUAUCCCAAGGUCAUAUACACAUGGAAGAAGAAUGGCAAGGAUUUUAAUCCUAGUGGUAAUGACGACCGUAUGGUCCAGCUAGCCAACUCGGGUACUAUCGUUAUCAACAGACCGGAAGAUAAGGACGAAGGUAUUUUUCAAUGUUUUGCUGAAAAUGAAUUUGGAAGGUCGAUGACCAACCAUGUCAAUCUCCGUGAGGGUAUACUGGCCGAGUUUCCAACUGGCGAAAAUGAGUACCAUAGUCCAGAACUGGGUACAGCACUGACGUUGGAAUGUAUCCCACCUACCAGCUAUCCCAAGGCUCAGGUUGAGUGGGUCCUGAAGGGCCGUUCCGGGCGAAACGAGGCCAUCAACUACAAUAACAGGGUCACCAUGGAUCUUGAAGCUCGUCUUCACAUAACUAAUGUCAAGGCAAAGGACCAUCAAGAAGGCAAAGCAUAUGUCUGUAUGGCCAUCAACUACUUCAUGAGACACAAUGAGUUUGACCACGGCCAUUUUAUCAACCCACGUGGAACUGCUGAGUUGAAGAUUGGACCAACAUACCAGUGGGCCACUCCUAGUGAUCAUUUUGGCCUGGUUGGUGAAAAAUUUAGGAUGAAGUGUAUUUUUGCUGGAAAUCCAACACCCGAGGUUUUCUGGAGGAAGACUAAUGGACAGCUUCCACCCGAUGUGGGAAUAUCACAGGGUGGACAGGAAAUUACCAUACAAUCUCUCACCAAUGAAGAUGGUGGAAAGUACGAGUGUUACGGAACAAACACCCAGGGUCAGAAGGCUAACAGAAUCAUCAAUCUGUCUGUACAAUCUAAACCGUACUGGAUACAAAAACCAGAAGAUAUUGAGACAAGUGAGGGAGCCUCUGCUACGUUCCUUUGUAAGGCUGAUGGGAAACCCACACCAAAGACCGAAUGGUUUGUCAAUGGUGUGCCCAUUGACGAGUCUACUGAUGAUACGGUGCUGUCCAACAGAUUCAUGAAACCCAAUGAUAUGAAUGUGACUAUCGAUGACCUCAAACUGACCGAUGUAUUUGUCAUUCAAUGUAAUUGUUCUAACAGUCAUGGUUACAAGUUCGCUGAUGUCUACCUCAAUGUUCUGAGAGAAGCACCACAGUUUGUUAAACGCCCAGAAGAAAAUGCCAAAGUGGCUGAGAGUAAUUCUGUGGACCUGUCGUGCCAGACUAGUGGUAAACCUGAUCCUAUCAUCACCUGGUUCAAGGAAGGCCAGCAGAUCACCGGGGGUCGAUACCAGAUCAGACCCAAUGGGAACCUCCACAUUGAUAGUGUGGUGUUGUCUGACGCUGGCAGAUACAGAUGUACAGCAAAUAACUCGUAUGGCUUCGUGGAGGCGUCGGGAUCCCUCACUGUGCGCAGGAAAGCUCGUAUCGAGUCCAAGCCUGGUGACCUUGAAGUAAAUAGUGGAUCUGAUGCCAAAUUCACUUGUACUGGCACAACUGAUUUCAAUGAAGUGCUGAAUCUUGGCGUCACCUGGCAAAAAGAUGGCAAGAAUAUCACCACAAAUGAUCAACGAAUGACGCAGAAUUUCCAGGACAACUCUCUGACCAUCAGUGGUACCAUCAGCAGGGAUUCCGGCUUCUACACUUGUGUUGUGCAAGAUAAAUUGUCUGUCGCCACAGCUUCUGCCAUUUUGACAGUCAAAGAUAAGCCUGACCCGCCCGUUGAUGUAACUUUAGUCAAGUGUCUUCAGGAGAAAGCCGAGGUGACAUGGACCAAAGGUGCCUCAAACAACGCCCCGGUCCAGUACUUUGUCGUUGAAUACAAUACAACAUUUACACCUGAUAAGUGGACCUAUGCUCAGAAGGUCGGAUCUACACAGACAAAAGCCACCUUAAAAAUUGCUCCGAAUGUCGUCUACACAUUCCGUGUGUUAUCCGUGAACAAGAGGGGCCAAAGCGAACCGAGCGCUCACACGUCUGCUAGAUGUACUACCAAUCCGACAAGACCCAGUAAAAACCCGUCCAACGUUCGUACCAUCGGGGACUUGAGGAACUUCUUGGUGGUAGAAUGGACGCCCAUGCCCCCAAUCCAGCAAGCUGGAGACAAGUUUGAAUACAUUUUGACGGUAAUAAAAGAUGGUAUAACUAUCCAUACCUCAAACAUCAACAACUAUACCAUCACCAGAAAAAACAUCCCGACAAAUGACAUCUUCGUACCGUACGACAUUACUGUCAAGGCCAAAAACGAGAUUGGAGAGUCCAACGCAGCCCUGAUCACUUACAAAGGCUAUUCGGCUGAAGACAUUCCUCAAGUUACUGUGGGUAACUUUGCCGUUGAGGAAGUGACGGACAGUGCCGCUACGUUUGUAUGGGACUGGGAUAUGAGCUACAACAACGUGACCCCUAACACACCAAUAAGGGGAUUCUUCCAGGGUUUCAAGAUUCAAUUUUGGAGACGUGGUGCUAAAUCAGAAACUUUCAGGGAGAGAGAGGUCUUGAAAUCACAGAUCAAACUCAAAUAUGGAAGUCGCAGGAAAAGAGCUGUGACAACCUUGACCUUCACAGUUGAUGACCUUCAACCCUACACAAACAUGGAGGCACAGAUUGUAGUUAUGAAUACAUAUUAUGUAAGCCCGCCCAGUGCUGUUAUUUCCCUGCAAACACUUCCUGGAGUGCCCGGUCCUGUCCAGUCCUUCACCGUACCACAAACCGGCAGUAACUUUGUCAUGUUGGCAUGGGAUCAACCGGAUGAGACAGACAGAAAUGGCCUAAUUGUUGGUUAUGAUAUUGGCUACCAGACGAUCUCUGGCCUUGACCUUGGGAAGAUGCAAGAUCGUGUUCCUCAGAUCAACGACCCGUAUACUAACAGGACUGUAUUGAAUGGCUUAGUGGCAAAACAGAAAUAUCGUGUGCACAUCUGGGGCCGGACAAUGAUGGGGCGAGGAGAAGAUUACUUCAUUGAGGUUACCACAGCUGCAGCGGGCUCCCAAACUGUACCUUCCUUUGACAUCAAAAAUGUCAAUGAGACUUUCUUCAAUGUCACCUGGAACAGUGUGAUCAGUUCGAAGGCAGGGACGGUGGUGUACGUCGAGUUCAGGAAGGAUGGUGCCUCUGACUGGCAACAGACGACUGACGAAGUUUCCAACAACUGGAAGGGGGUGGCCAAUCUGGAGGGUGGCACUUCGUACGAAGUUCGUCUCGCUGUCACAAAUGGAAUGUCCCGAUCCACCAGUGGUACCCAAUACGUUUCCACGACUGGCAUAGCUGCUGCCUAUAACUUGGGAGCUAACUUCGGCUGGUUUAUUGGUAUGAUGCUGGCACUUCUCAUCAUCAUCGCGAUUGGGGCCCUAAUUGUCUUCUGCCGUAAACAGGCGCAAGAGAAAAUGGAGGAUAAAUAUAGAGCCAAACCUGAUAAAUCUCGAAUGUAUGAUAGGGAGGGUGAGCCAAGAGGACACUCAAACGACUACUACAAAGAAAGGCGUAGAUUGGAGCGUAAUGACAGUUUUGACGAUGUUCGUAAAGAUGAUGGAGGUUUCGAUGACAGGAAGUAUGAUGAUGACUAUGAUGACCGCCGCUACAGCGACUAUCCAGAAGAUGACCGCAAUCGUGACUAUGAUGAUCGGGACUACGAUGACAAGGAUCGUGACUAUGAUGACAAAGAUCGAGACUAUUACCGUGACGAUGACCGUAGAUAUGAUGAUUAUGACCGCGAGGAUGGAUAUGAUCGUGAUGGGCGUCGCUACAGCUAUGAUCGUGAUGAUGACUAUGAUCGUGAUCGUGAUCGUGAUUAUGAUUACGAUCGGGACGGAAAAGGCUAUGAUGAUCGUCGUGAUUAUGACCCUGAUGACAAGUACCCCAGUGAUGUAGAUGACAAGUACCCCGAGGAUGAAGAUCAUGCAUACGAACCCUACCAAAGGUCAGGUUAUGAGCGGAGCGAAAGUAAGGACAAGAAACGCAUCAGCGACAUGGAUGAUGAAUACAAACGCGAGCCUUCGAAGUUUGACGAUGAUGGGUAUCCAGUGGAAGCGGAAGGAGGCGCUGCGGGUUCCUCUACAUGUGUAUAAAGAGUUCCAUUCUGCGUCCGACACAAUCUGCAGUUAACACUGUACAGCAAUUCUUAGCAAAAUUCUAUCACUAACCAAUAUGAUUGUGGAUCGUGAUUGUGGAUCAUACAUGUAAAGGUCUCUUCAUAAUAACGAGUCAUUUAUAGUCAAGUUUCAUCCAAUUAUUGUCAAAGAAAAGCUAUCGAUAUGUUGUAUUUCCCGAUAUUGAAGUUCAGAGACUUCUAUAUGAAAAAAUCUGAUUACUUCAGCCAUUCAAGUUUUUUCGUACCAUAGACCAUACUCUGUAUAUGUUUUAUGCUUGAGGCAUUUCUCUGUAUUGUUUUUAUUUGGAAAUCAGUGGGAACAAAUCGUAACUUUGUAAGUGCUUUAAUGCGAAAUAAUUACAGAAAAGUUUCUACAAUUUAUUUUUGAAUACAUUCCAGACAUUGCCUUGUAGAUGUUAAAUCUUUCUGUGUAAGCAAAUGUAAAUAGAAUUGUUAAAUAUACUGUACAGGAAAGUAUGUAAAUAUAAAUAGGAUUUGUUAGUAGAGGAUAUAUGUAAACGUAACGCAUGAAAGAAUCACCCAACGCCGUGCCAUUCCAUAUGUACGAUUGUCACAGUUUCACAGCUCUUCGUCAUAUUGUAAAUAGUUUCAUUUUUAUCUCGGAGACGCAAGUUUCAGCUUUAAUAGUUGAUAAUUUUCAUUAAUUUUCAUUAAUUUUUAGGUGUUUUUUUUAUCCCAAACAAAUUAUACUGUCUUCCUUUGUUGAAUGUGAUGUUAAGGGAAAAUGAUGAUUAUACAAAUGUAAAUUUAAUUUCAGGAUACUGGGCUGAGGAGAUUUUUUAAAAAGCACACAAAUUACACUGCCUUCUCAAACUACUUUUAAUAUACAAAUGUAUACGAGUUCAAUGAUUAUGAAUUUUUAAAGUCUUGACUAAAACUAACUUUUAACACUUUUUGAAAGUUAAUAGAGUGGAAUAAUAAGAUUUUAAGAAUGAGAAAUGUUAAGAGUCAUACAGGUGUUUAUUUGUACAUAAAUAAAUUUCUGUUUAUUUAUGCAGACUGGUGGAUUUUUUUUUUUUUUUCUAGAAUAUAACCUUAAUAUUGAUUGACAUUUUUAUUAAAAAGAAGUAUAUAAAGUGUAUCUGGUUAAUGUUAUACUAGGGACAUGUAUGUAAACAAGAUAACAGUACAACUUAUUGAAGGAUCGAGGCUUAUCCCUACAUUAUAGAUUACAUUUUUAUACAGUAAAAUUUCCAGUGUCGUAGACACACAAAAGGUAUGUUUUUCAUCUGUUCUAGUUAUAGUCUAUACUAAAAUCAUUUUUUUAUUAUUAUUUUUUUUUGUAAAAAACAUAGAAAUACUUGUAAUCAAAAGGUUAAAGAACUGAUUUUGUUGCAGAAUGAAAGAAACGAAAUAUUUGCAUUCAUAUAAUGUAUGUAAAAGAUAAAAUACAAUGUAAGUAAUGUACAUGUGUCAAGAAUUUAAAAUAUUUUGUCAAAUCAAAAUCCAGUUUUAAGUUUGAUUCAGAAAUUGUACAUUUUGUAAAUACCAAUGAAAAACUAGUAAAUCCCUCUGUAAAUAAGAAAUCAGCUAUCUCUUGUUUCAUCAACAAUUAAUAUGUGCUCAUUUCUAAUAUCAUGAUGUGGUAUAAAAUAAUUUUCAUGCAAUACACAUAUCAUUUUCAGAUCGAUUAUAGAAGGGUUUCAGUUAUAAUAUGGUUGAUUGACUGAUGCGAGUUCUACAAUAUUGUUUCCCUCCAUAAUAACUAGAACUUAUUACCAUUUAAAUCAUGUGUAUACACUAGAUUGCAUCAGUGAAGAUAAUUGUAUCAAAGAUGUGCAUAUUUUUAUAACGAUAAUAAAAUCAUUUCUUAUAAAA